AUUUUUCAUUCUCGACGUGUAGCCUGGCAGGUCCCAUCAUCGGAGACUGUUGAAACGUCAGAAAAGCAUUGAUCGCGGUUGGAUCGACCCCGAAACGAACAUCAUUUAUCUUCUUCAGUCAUUUAUCAAAUACCUGACGCUGACAUGCAAGAAGAGAACUCCCUCGGUUCACUGUUAUUUGCUAAUCAAAACCCGACCAGUGCGCAAACAGAAACAAUUCUGCCGCAGAUUGAGCUCGACGAACUACGUUGUCAUUUGCGAGCAGAACAUGAGACGAGCGUACGCGGUCAUAAACAGGAGAAACAGAUCAAAGCCGUUCCAAAGAAGACAGCAGCAAAUACUAAGAUAUUCCCAUGGAUGAAGGAAUCGCGCGGUAGACAGAAGCAAACAGUUGAGAAUCCUUCGAACCAAAAAGACUCUGAGAAGCGUGAUGCGGCUGCUGACCAGUCACCUCGCACCAUAUACUCGACGAGCCAACUGGUUGAACUUGAGAAAGAGUUUCACUACAAUCGCUAUUUAUGUCGGCCGCGAAGGAUCGAAAUCGCCCAAUCGCUAAAAUUGUCGGAGAAGCAGGUGAAAGUGUGGUUCCAAAAUCGGCGCAUGAAGUGGAAAAAGACAAAUAGGGAUAACAGGGAUAACGAGGUGCUGUUAAGAAAGCGACGUCACGGCAUGGUACAGGUGAACCCCUCCGCGUUCGAGGAAAUGGCAAAGAUCAGCCAUUUAGCGAACUGUUACAAUUAUCCAAAUUCUAUGAACUACAGCAAUCCUUUGGUGAAUUACAACUGUACGAAUAGUACUAUAAAUACGCAACUAGUACUAUGACUUAAAUCUUUGAGAGGAAUUGAGGAUGUUGUUUUAUAGAUAAAUCAAUGCGCCAAGAUACCAUUAUCUUGUUUCAAUGUUUCAAAAUGGCCGAACACUCUUAAAUGUGGCCGAACACUUAAAUUUGUAUUGAAUAUUGUGAAUAUUAACUUGUAUUAUUUAAAAGUAUGCGGUUGCAUGUAAAAAUAUCAUUUUAAAUGUUUCAUGUAACUUUUGUUGUAAAACUUUGUGGCAAAGAAAUAACAGGCGUUGUUGGAUAGGGAGUGACGGGUUGGGCGCCUGGGCUUCGGGUAACAUGAAAUUUCACAUAUAUAAACCUUUCCAUCAAUAUUUUCUGCUGGAUGGCUUCUUCAUUUACCACAAAUACUUUUAUUUCAUGUCUAGUUGAUUUUUUGUUUUUUUAUGUCUGGAAACCACAUCUUUUAAAACUUUUUUCAACGAAGAAACGCUUGCACGAUUCGAUCAAGUGUUGCACACGCGCCUGAUUCACACGAUGAAAUAAGCAAGGAGUAGACGCAUGCGCAUUUUAAAGCUUAUCUUUAUUCUACGAUUUAGAGUCCAAUAGACAGGCCCACUAUAUACAGCAUGUGUCUCAAAAAAUGAAAUCACCACUUUAACAUUCAUUACGUAUUGGGUUCAAUAACACAUUCUUUUCAUAGCAAGGAUCAAAGAAGUUUUUAUUUAGCUUUCUAAUUAUAUCUUUCUCAUUUCAUAACGGCCAGAAAUAAAUCAAAAUAAUCGUGCGUUAAAAUUUCCUGGCCAAAACCCGCAUUUUUUAUCGCUGGGAGUUGAAUGAACUUUUCAAAUAAUGUGAUAUACACGCAUC